AUGCUCUCCGCUCUCACUACCAUCUCAGCGCCUCGCCCCCUCGUUCGCACAUCGGCGCCGUGGGCGAAAGUCUUAACCCGUUUCAGCAGUCCCAACGCUCAGCGACGUCUUCACACUCCCUCAACAGCACACCCUUCUACAUGCACCAACGGUCAGCCCUCGCUUCGGCUUUAUCGUGGAGGAGGUGCGGGAAGCCAACGGAGGGAGUCGCCCUUAUGCAUAGUGCAACAAUGGCCACCCGCGUUGGGGUCUGUGCGGACGUCUGUCACGAGCCCAAAACAAUGGCACGCCCGCCAAUCCCGCGACACCUUCGUCAAGCAACGCGCGCAGGACGGGUACCGCUCCAGAGCAGCAUACAAGCUGGAAGGGAUCCAGAAACGAUUCGGCUUGAUGAAGCGGGGGAUGAAUGUGUUGGAUUUGGGCGGAUGCCCCGGUGGAUGGGCGCAGGUUGCCGUUAAAUUCGUCGGCGGUGGUGGGCGGGGGAGAAAACCAUCAGAGAAUCUCGAAAAGGAGGGUGAUACCGCUACAGAGACCGCUCACCCCAGCAAAACGGGCAAAGUAGUCUCCAUCGACCUCCUCCCCACCGACCCCAUCGCCGGCGUCGACAUCAUCCAGGGCGACAUGACCGACCCAAAGGUGCUCGCCCGCAUCCACUCCAUCAUCAAUCCGACCGAGACUCCCACAUCGCUCAAAACUCCUGCAUUCGACGUAGUCCUCUCCGACAUGGCCCACCCGUUCACAGGCUCGCGCACUGCCGACGUGUUGCGUGUUAUUAGCCUGUGCGAGCUGGCGCUGAGCGUGGCGGAGAGCGAGGGCGUGUUGAAGAGUGGGGGUGCGUUUGUGUGUAAGUUUAUUCAGGGGAGUGGGGAUGCUGAUUUGAAGGCAUUGCUUGAAACCCGCUUUGCGAAAGUCGCGUACGAGAAACCGGAGGCGAGCAGGAGUAGGAGUGCGGAAGGGUAUCUGGUUUGUCUCGGGUAUCGCCGACCGGCUGCAUCUGAGUGA